CAGGUAGAGACAGCCACAGACACAGAGAAGAGGAUCAGGAAGGUGGUUGAGAAGCCAUAAGAAGGCUUUGACUAUUCUCUUUUAAACCUUUACCACAAAUUCUUUUUCUAAGAGAGUGGGUACUCUCAGCAGGGUUAUUGCCCUGAAGCUCCUGUGGUUGGCAGAUGUGGCCAUAACAUCCCGUGAUGAGAGCCAGUCCCCCCACACACACCUACACGCCCCUCUCUGACAUGUCUCCAGAGAUUUAACAAUUUUUUGGAGUCCCCCACCCACAAUACAAGGUUCACUUCUCUCAUGGAGUGACUGAGACCAUUUUUUUUUUACUACAAUCAAGGAGGGCUUCAGUUUCCCCCCCCAAAUAUUUCUUGUUGCAGACUUGGCUCUGCUUGGGUGGCACAUCAGGACCUGGUGGCUUAGAGUCACAGGAUUUUAAUAAAAGAUUGCUAGAACUGAAUUAGAGGAAGCCUGCUCUAAGGCCUUUAUGUUAUUAGAGCUUUGACCACAGGAGUUGUUCUAUCCCAGAGAAAUUACCCAGUCAUUUAACUUAUCUGAGUUGCCAAUCAGGAGGUGCCCUCAGGGCUGAGUGGGAUUCUCUAAGCAGUUAUUCUGUUCUAACGAAGCAGUGGAGGAGCCCACCUGGAACGAACAAGAUGGGUGCACAGAGCUCAAGCCACCUGGGGGAGAGACAGUGCCGGUACCUGAGAGGCUCUCAUUCCUGCAUCAUCUGCUAGAUGGUGCUUCUCAGGGAUGCUGAGGAGAAAGAUUUGCUCUCAAGUCACCUGCAUCCAGCCUCUCGGAUCUUUGCGGGAUUAGGACAAUUGGGGAUGAAAGCCUCAUGGGAGCAGUUCUGUCUCACAUGUAUCUAGUCACCAAGAUUCCAAGUGGAAGGUGUCCUGCCCAUCAUGAACUUCCCUAACUUGGUAUAAAGAAGAUCAUGGGGACCAGGCCGGACAGGUGCUUUCCUGAAUCACUUCAUGCCACAUUACCGAAGGCAACUUGCUAUGGCCUUCCUGAGGCAAAUCUCAAGAGAGAUGACACCCCAGGGACAGACGGGAUUCCAGCUAUUAAAGAGUGAAAAGCCUCCCCGGGCCGUGAUGCAUGAGGGGAUCCUGACCCAUUUGCAAGGGACCUCCCCGAAGUGGAGGGAGAGUUACUAUGUUCUACGUGGAGACUCCUCUCUAGUGUGGUUUGGCAGCAAAGAGGAGCAGAAAUGUGGUGAAGAGCCACAGGGGUCUGUUGCCUUGACUGGUUACACACUAGUGGCCUCAUGGAGGGAAUGUCUCUAUCAGGGGUCAACGGGGAACCAUUCCAUUCAAGAUCCAGAUCCAAUCAUUGAGCCCCCUCUGGGAUUUCCCAUAUAUCUCUGCCACCCUUUCCGACAGCCCCUCUGCUUGUGCAUGGACACGGUAGAAUCCCAGGACAGCUGGAGAUCUUUCCUGAGAGAUGGGAUUCGGCGCCGGGGGACAGUUUUACAGAGAAAAGAAUCUCCCGACAUGGAAGCAUUUCUGGAUGCCGUGAAGUCUUACAGGCAGGAGAAAGGCAUUUAUGGAGUCGACAACCUCCUUUUGGGCACAGAAGCAGAGGUCCUCACCAAUCUGCUGAUGAGGGAUCUCUUGCCAAAGCUUCGGGCCCAGAAGCCAGCCAUGCUCAGGGGUGUGGAAAGCCGGAGGAAAUGGGCCUGGAGGAGGUUCUUGGAUGAAGUUUAUGUUCUAGUAUUAAAGCUGGUCUCCUCUGAGCUCCAAAAUUUUCAUCAAGAAAAGGAAGAACUGCAGAAAGAGUUAGAGAAGAAAAUUCGUCCCGAGGCGGAUCAGAUGCUUGCAUUAAGCAAUCAGAUUGCUCAAAAACUUCAAACAAUGGUGUGUGGCCCUGCUGAGUCCUCCCUCUGCCGGGAAGUAAAGCCUCAGCUGGCCUGGGUGAUGGAGGAGCUUCUGCGCCCUGUUCGCCAAGGGCUUGGCAUGAUUGGCACCCUCCUUGUCCAUCGAUUGGACAGUCUGCUUAGAAAUGUGCAGAGAAGCCGGGUUGUUGCUGUGCUGAAAGAGGAGGAGGAGGCAGGUAGCAUUCUUCAUCACAAACCCUCUGGAAUCAGGGUUUGCUCCCUGGGAGAUAUGCCCUGGGACUUAGAACUGAUGCAGCCAUGCUACCAGAAGGCAGAGCUCUACUGGGACAGUCUUCAGGCUUUGAAGGAAAGAUUUGGUUUUCAAGGCACUAAAAACCUUGUCUUCAGUGCUCAGGAUCUCAUGCAACAGCUGAUGGAGAAUGCUGUGUACACCUUCCAGCAGCUUUCAGCCCAACAUGUGUCUUCAGCCACUCGCCGAAGACAGGUCAUCUGCAUGCUGGAGAAGGUCAAGGGUCGUGUGUUAAAAAAAUUCGAGUCUGACAGCAGUUUUGCUCAGAAGCGUUUUGUUCAAGAAUGGCUUGUCCAGAUUUUCCUUCCCUACCUGCUGAGAAGGCUGGAGCUGGGCUGCAAACUGGAGUUGCACAAGUAUGAGAAGUAUGUGUUUGCAGACUAUAGUCACAUUAUCACCAUUGAGAACAUUUAUGAGGACGUAGUCCUGAAUUUCCUGAACCAGAAGGUGAACGCAGGAAUGGAUAGAGCAGCUGAGCUAAGGAGCUUCCAACCUGGGGAGAAGAAGGAGGUGACUGCAGAGACCAGUACCCACGCUGCACUUUCCACAUGGAAUCUAGAAGACAUUCAUUCUACCCUGCAGUGGGACCCAGACCCCUGCCAAGAUCACCUCCAAAAUUCCCAUUGUGAAGGGGGUCAGGAAGAAGCAGGGAGAAGGAAUGGGGGUACCUGCGCUACUCAGUGGCCACCUGAAUCGCUAGACAAAGACCCAGAUGAGAGCGAAAGAAGCGUCCUUUCGGAGGGGUUGACUAUAGCCAUGGACAUGGACAUCUUCCAAACAGAUCUGCUAGAAAUGGACAUGAAAGGGAAUGGCAGCCUCAUCGAAUGGAGCCAGCCCACAGAGCUCCUGAAAUCUCCACGCCCAGAACGAGAGCCAGCGGCGGAUGGAAUAUACUCCAAUGUCGCUGUGAAGACUUUACCUGGAGUACUAGGGAAAGGCAGGGCAGUGGUCACGGAAACACUGGAGGGGGAAGUAUUGUGAGAAAGGGCCACAUUGCCCAUCCUCGAGGAAAGGCUCUAGCCUUCUGUCUGUGGGAGUUCUGAGACGUCUGCUUUGAAGAUUAGAGUGCAGAGCAGCCUCCUCUAAGCUCAGAGACAAAAAGAAAAAUAAUUUCAUGGGAUUUUACUUCUCUGUACGUGAAGGGAAACUGUCAAGGUCGAAUAGUGAUAAAAGCUCAGGAAAAAUAAACACAUUAAAUAAUUUAGUGUUUCAUA